CAGAGGAUUGUCACGUGGCGAUGAUCUAAGCGGGACAUGAGCAGGGCUAGGCCCGUGACACCUGACCGGGGCAAACGCGAAGAAUCACCACCACGGGUACGACACAAACGCGUCACCAGACCACCGAAAGAUUAUGCUCGGGAACAAGAAGAGGAAGCCACAAGAUAUGCGUUAGGCAGUCAAACUGAGCUUCAUCCAGAAGGUCAUAUUUUAUCAAGAUCAUUGUCCGACCCACGGCGAAGGAUGUUUGUUAUUAUCUUGAAAGCGCGGUUGGUUUUCUCCACUGCUCCAACGCUCCUUUCUUCGCUUGUUCUUUCGUCGAACGCAUCAGCAGAUCAAAUUUGCUUCAGCACAGCCAUCGCAUCAGCGCUGUUGCGAUUAGGGGUUCUGCCACCCUGCGUCGCUUCUGAUCUUGAGUUUCGAUGUGGCGCAGAGCUGACUUGAGGUUGGUCACGGGUUCCUUUACCGUGAAUGAUUUAGAGGCUUCUACUUAGCCGUAGUCUAAAAUUUAGCGGCCAAGUCAUGGUGUGGAUCAACUUCGCAAGCUUCCUCGCUGCGCAUAUAGGUCUUUGUCCACAGAAAGAGAACGAAGGAGCAAGCGGGAUUCUUUUUAUAGAUCAAGAGUAAUAUUCACGUCCCGUCUUCGAGCGAUCACUAGACUUGCUGCAUAAGUUUGACUCAAGUGCUUUGUAAGAUAUCAUCAAAGCGCUUAACUGAUAUCUUCAGCGCUUCAAGCCAUCUCCAGACGGUCAUGCUCCACACUCAGAGCAUGUUGCUUGCCCCAGGACU